AGACAGAUGACAUCCCAUCGGUAGGUGUUUUACGUUAUUGCAACAAGAUUUCUUGUAUUCUUCAUCUCUGAGUGACUAGCAAGCUGAAAAAAAUUAGCAUAGAAAAGAAGCAAACUUGUGUGACAAAUUUAUAGGAUAAAACAAUAGUGCCAGACAUUUGGGAAUUAAUGCCUGAAAAAAAAAAAAAAAAGGAUGUUAUUCAUGUUGGUUUGCUUCAUAAUUAGUUCCAAAUUUCAGAGUCAUCACAGCAGCCAAGUAAGAACAAUUGCUUAUGUUUAAUUUAGAACAGCUCAUAUGUUUUUCGCUUAGAAUAAAUAAAAGCCAAACGAGGGAUUUUUUGAAACCUCCAAACGUAGGGGAAGUUUUGUGUGGCAAGUUUAAUAAUUACUUCCUCAUAAGACAUGCCCAAGAGGAAGGGAGAUGCUCUUCAGUCAUGGAGCUGCUCUCCUAAGCAUGAGGGGGAUCAUGCUUUCCUCCCUCUGCUUACUGAUGCACCUGCUUCAGGAUGAAAUAAGCACGAUUUUAGUCCUGGAAAAUGAAGACCUGCAAGACUCCAUUAAGCCGCAGAAGGUAGAAUUUCAUUCACUGAACUUCAACAACACCUUGCACUGGCAGCCUGGGAGGGCCGAAGAGGCAAAAGCCGCGGUCUACUUUGUGCAGUAUAAAGUGUAUGGGCAGAGCACAUGGCAAAACAAAGAAGAGUGUUGGGGGGUUCAGAACCAUUUCUGCGACCUAACGGAUGAGACUGCUGACAUCCAGGAGCCUUACUACGGCAGGGUGCGAGCCGCUUCAGGUGGUGUCUACUCCGACUGGAGCCUCAGCUGCAGAUUCACGCCCUGGCAAGAAACUAUGAUAGGACCUCCAACAGUAAAUGUGGUUCACAGCAACAAAUCCAUCACAGUAAAGCUCCAGGCUCCACGUUCUCCUUAUAGAAGGAAGAGAGGCAGCACAAUACCAAUGACAAAUUAUUAUGAUCUGCUGUACCAAGUCUUCAUAAUUAACAAUUUGCUAGAUGAGCAACACAGAGUCCUGGUGUAUGAAGGAAAAGACAAAGUGGUUAAAAUAGAAGAUUUGAAGCGUGGAGUCAGCUACUGCGUCGUGGCUAAAACUUACGUGCCGACACUGGACCGCAGCAGUGCCUACAGCAGCAGGCAGUGCACCAUGCUGCUGUGACGGGGCAGCCGCCGCUGAGGCAGUUACAGGGAUAAAGGUGGAAGACGCCUCCCAUUACGGAUCCAGCUGUAAAUUGACAUCUGUGGUCUAGAACACGGCUGGACUACAUUCGUGGAUGCUUUUUAAAUUAACCCUUGCUGCAUUAAAUUAUCAAAUUCACCACAAUCAGUUUAUGUUACACAAAGUCCAAGGAUUCUUUGUAUAUCUUAUAGAACAAUUUAAGAUAGCACAUAUUUGUACUUACAAGGUAAAUAGCCUUGUAUUGUAAUAAAAAAUUGCAAAAAGUA